AUGGUAGACGAGUCAGAGGAGGAUAUAGCAGCGUCGCGUGAGCUACCGGCAAAGCCUGGACCCCUAGGCGGUCUCAUGCGUAGCAACACCUCGGGAAGCACUGGCUUUGCUGGUGCAUCUGCCUGGGGUGCAUCUGCGACGGCGCCAGCUCCUCCUUCUGGCACGUCGGGCCUGGGCGCUUUCGGGAACUUCUCUCUUCCAGCCUCCAACAUCGGCGAUAAGCGAUUCGGAAGCACGCGCGGCGAGAGUCGGCUGGCCCACCUGUUGCCUAAGGACAGCUCGGAGAACAUUGCAGGCAAAGCUGGAGAGGGUGCGGUGGGGGAUGUUGGCCGCUCCUGGCGAGCUCGUCCUCGAACGGACACAGAUCCUUUUGGAGGAGAUGACAAUCUUUCAGGCAGCGCUGUUCUGGGAGCAGACAGGGAUGUUAGCCCCCCGCCCCUUUCCUAUGACACACCCGUCAAGGGAAGUGCUGGUGAUUUUGGCAUGUCAGGCCUUCAUUUGGGAGGAGACGAGCACGGCACUGCGAGUCCUUCACAGACCAACCCUUACCGAAGCCCUCCGGCUGAACGUAGCGAUAACGAGCGUGACGAGGCUGGCUUCGACAAGAUGAACAUCAGCGGUACGCAUGCGGAGCACGCAUCAAACUUCGGCUCCAUCGGCCGUGGCUUCCCGGCAAAUACCUUUGAUGGAAGCGACCGUAGCCAGACUUCCAGUGUUGGUGCCAAGGGCUAUCCUGCCCUGGGUAACAUUGGCUGGCCUACCGGACCGUCAACAUCGACCCCUGAUCGUGAUCGGCCUGGUUUUGCCAAUCCUUUUGGAAGCUCUCUCUUCAGUCCUAUAGGUGAUCUUCAGUCUCCCAGCCUGGGAGGUUUGGGUGGUAUGUUUGGGCCUGCCAGCGCUGGAGGCUUAGCCGGGUCUGGUUCCAUCCGCGGAAGCAAGCUGGGCUCUUUAUUCCCAGCUGCGAUGCAGGCACAAAUGCAAUCGCAAGAUCAAGAAUCCUUGGGUGACUCCGUCCCCGAUCUGAGGCAGACUAAUCCUCUGGGGGCGAUCGGCCGAGGUGCAAUAGGCAGUCAGGUUCGCGACACUGACAGUCCCAUGCGCGCCGGUCGAGGUGCAUUCGAAGAACUCUUCGCUUCAUCCGAGUCCGCCAGGUCGCCUGGCGUCUUCACUACGGGUGAACAGAAUCCUGCACUCACGGCAACCGCCACCCAAUCUCACGGUUUCACGCCUGCAACAUCCGGUGCGCCAGGUUUCCCGGCUGGCCUUCCUGCCACAGCUGAUCUCCCUCCAUCUCAAGCCCGCACCAUGGUGAUGCCAGAUCGUAUGAGAUGGGUGUACCUCGAUCCACAGGGGCAGAUGCAAGGCCCAUUCACCGGCCUGGAAAUGAACGAUUGGUACAAGGCAAACUUCUUCACUGCUGAUCUCCGUGUCAAGAAGAUUGAAGAUACCGAAUUUGAGCCAUUGGGUCAGCUCAUUCGACGGAUUGGGAACUCUCGCGAACCCUUUCUUGUUCCUCAGAUUGGCAUUCCUCAUGGGCCCCCGAGCGCAGCUGGUCCUUUCUCCGCUGGCGACGCUCGCGGCGUCAUCCCUCCUCUGAUGGGCGUUAUACCAAGCUUCGGAAGGACCCUGACGGCUGAGGAGCAGAAUAAUCUUGAGCGGCGCAAGCAAGAGGAGCAGUACAUGAUGGCUCGCCAACGGGAGUAUCUAGCGCAGCAACAAGCUCUCGCCAAGAUGCAGAUACAGGCCGCGGGCGGUGGCUCAGGUGCCUUGCAUCACCACUCUAGUGCUCAUAGCCUGCAGAGCCAGCCCAGCUUCGGCAGCAUGACAUCUCCAAUCGGCAUGCCACCGCAACCCCCAAUCGGCGCUAUUGGUCCCACGCCUGGAUUUUUCGAACAACCGUCCAACAUGAGCCAAGGCUCCGGCCAGGGUGGGCCUGAAGCUCUCCACGGAGAGCUGAGUGAUCAAGAGCGCCAAAUGCUGGCUGGCAUUCAUGGACCUAGUGGCAUCUCUGGUAUGUAUCCGUCUCAGCCUGUCGGUGCGCCCUCAGCAGACGUCAGAAGCCAGCUCCCUGGCGUCGACCAACUUCACAAGGACUCGCAAGGAUUCAGAGCACGACUGAAGGAAUUCCAGGAGAUCCGCGCGCAGCGCGACGCCGAGGAAGCCCAGGCGGGUCCUUUGGGGGUCACUGGGUCGAUCGAGGAGGAACCUGAGAGUGCAGCCAAUGCGGCCCAGGCCGAGGCAGCCGAUAUCAUCCGUGAGGUGACUAGAUUGGAUGGAUCGGAAGCGACCCAGAAGGCUGUUGAGCAAGCGCUAUCUCUAACCCAACAAGUCCAGCAGACGCAGGCUGCGGCUGCGGCUGCGAAGCAGGUCCAGGCCGAUGAAGCCUGGGCUAAACAAGCUGCCGCAUCUGGACUGCCCAUGCCUUUUCCGCCACCGCCGCCCUCUUCGACAACUCCGUUGCCCGCGCCGACUGCUCAACGACGAUCCAACAUUCCAGAUCAGUAUGCGGGAAGCCGUUCUCAAUCUGAAACCCCUGACAGUGCCGCUGCGCACGCGGUAGCUGCUCAACCGCCUCCGCUAGCCCCCUGGGCGCGUGAGCCCGGUUCUGAGGCUCAGAAAGGGCCAAGCCUCAAGGAGAUUCAAGAGGCUGAAGCAAAGAAAGCUGCCAAGGCGGAAGAGGCUGCUGCUGCUGCUCGCCGUGCCGCCCUAGAGCAGGAAGCUGCGGCCGCCCGUGAGCGUGAGAAGAUUUCGGUAGUCAAUCCUGGCUUGCCCACAACUAGUACUUGGGGCAGUGGGUCCCCUGUCUCCAUUACCACGGCGGCGAGUCCUUGGGCCAAACCUGGAGCUGCCAAGACUGCGGUUGCUGCGGUCACCGGGGCAGCCACUGUCGCCGCUGGGCUUGGGAAGAAGACACUCGCUGACAUCCAGCGUGAAGAAGAGGUCCGCAAGCAAAAGGCGAGGGAGCUGGCAACGCAGAGCGGCUCGGCGCCAGUUGCCAGCAACUUGGGCAAGAGAUACGCUGAUCUUGCGGGGAAAUCUGGCGCCCCUCCUGGCCUAAUUGCUGGUGCUGCUCCAGGUACAGCUGCAGCCACGACUAGCGGUUGGGCAACUGUUGGAGCCGGAGGGAAGGUCAAGGUCCCCACGGGACCAGCAGCGCAGGCGAGAACUGCUACUGCAGCCAACAUCAAGCCUGUCUCGUCACCAACUGUCAGGCCUGCUGUCAAGCCAGCCAUUGGAGUUGCUAAGAGCGAUGUCGGUGGCGUGGCAAUGGAGGAAUUCAGCAAGUGGUUGCAUCGCGAGCUUGGGAGAGGCAUCACUGGUGGUAUUGAUAUUGACACGUUUGCCUCAACACUGCUCAUUCUGCCGCUUGACCAGCAAAUCAUCUCGGAAGCGGUGUACGCCAACUCGACAACGAUGGACGGCCGACACUUCGCAGAAGAGUUCAUCCGCCGCAAGAAGCUCGCGGACAAGGGCGUAGUUGAGAAGCAGCCAACACCGAUCAACGAGGCUAAGUCAAGCUCAACAGGCGGAGGCUGGUCUGAGGUGGCCAAGAAGGGCGGACCGAGCAGCCAGGUCAAGGAGAACGAUGCCGUUGGGGCAGCAGGCUUCAAGGUAGUUCCCGGCCGGAAGAAGGGCAAGAAAUAG